AUGGAAGAAUAUGGAUAUCAGUAUGCGUCUCCUUAUCCAAAAAUGCAGAUCCGUGGAGGGGAAUAUCCGGACCAUGGAGACGGGUUUGGUGACUAUUAUGGAAUGGAGGCAAUGAAUGGAGAACGAGAAACUAAGAGACGCAGUCGCUCCCAACAACGUAAACAUAAUCGCGACACCAAAAGAUCACGAAGUCGUUCGAAAUCUUCUCACUCCAGAACGCGGAGUCAAUCCCAUUCUAUUUCACGAUCCUUAUCCCGACGGUCCAGAAGUCAUUCUAAAAGUCGGAGUCGUUCCCGUUCUAGAAGCAGGCGUCUGGUUUAUACAGAGCCAAGCUUCUUAGAUGCGUUUAGAGUAUUGUAUUUAACACCAAGUAAGCAUAAGAAGAGCACCACAAAAUAUCUAGCCACUAAGAAGAAACAAGACAAAAUACAAGAAAUUCUUAAAAGUGAUGGUCUUGGAUCCAAGCGUUGGCUAUUCUACCCACGAGUCAAGAAUGCUGAAUCUGCUCCUAGCGAGGUUCCUGGUUCAAGAGACAACUGUGAUAAACGAGUUAAAGUUGACGGGGACUUCUUCAGGAAGUACAAAAAAAGUAAGAGGAUCGACGCGGACGCACCUAUCGCGAAACUGAAGCGGUGGGAACUGAUUUUGUAUAAAAAACUAGGAUUUAUACAGGCUGUUUAG